ACUCUCUGUGCGACUUACCACUAGGUAGGUAUUUAAUAUUCGUCUCUAUUGUAUUAGGAAUCCAGGUGCUGAGCAUGCCUGCAAAAGAAAGCGGAAGAGCCUUCCAGGAUUAUGCUGUCUAUCAUCGUUGAGCACCAAUUGGAAGCCUUCGUUUCCUUGGGUCCGCCCCUUGGAGGGGGUGUGCCUCUGAUGACUGAUAGACUGAGACGCCCGGCCCAGCCCAGCCCAGCCCAGCCCACGUUGCUGUGAGAUUGAAAUGCAGAACUCAAGUCUCUUUCAUCGGGAAACAGACUUCCUUUUGGCCUUUUUCCUUACGUUCUUGCUAUCUCCCAGAGUGGAAAUCAGAGGGACCCGUGGACUUUUCCAGCCGGGAUUGCAGGAGGCCGGGAGACUGAAUCUGUUGUUCAAUUCCCUUUUGGAAGAUUAGUCUCAUUGGUGUCCUGCUCAGAGCAAUGGAACCUGCCUUUGGGGAAGUGAACCAGCUCGGAGGGGUGUUUGUGAAUGGGAGACCCUUGCCCAAUGCCAUCCGGCUCCGGAUUGUGGAAUUGGCCCAACUGGGCAUCAGACCCUGUGACAUCAGCCGACAACUGCGGGUUUCCCAUGGUUGUGUGAGCAAAAUCCUGGCGCGCUACAAUGAGACUGGCUCCAUCCUACCAGGGGCGAUCGGAGGCAGCAAGCCUCGGGUCACCACCCCUACGGUGGUGAAACAUAUCCGGACCUACAAACAAAGAGAUCCGGGCAUCUUUGCCUGGGAGAUUCGAGACCGACUGCUGGCGGAUGGCGUGUGUGACAAGUACAAUGUGCCUUCGGUCAGCUCCAUCAGUCGGAUCCUCCGGAACAAAAUUGGAAAUCUCUCUCAGCAGAGUCACUACGAAUCCUACAAACAGCAUCAGCCCCCUCCACAGCCUGCUCUGCCUUACAACCACAUAUACUCCUAUCCCAACCCCAUCACUGCUGCAGGAGCCAAAGUGCCAACCCCGCCGGGAGUGCCAGCAAUCCCCAGCACCAUGGCUAUGCCUAGGACCUGGCCCUCUUCCCAUUCAGUCACGGAUAUCCUGGGGAUCAGGUCCAUAACAGACCAAGUGAGUGACAGCUCGCCGUAUCACAGCCCCAAAGUGGAAGAAUGGAGCAGCCUGAGCAGAAAUAGCUUCCCCCCUUCGGCCCAGCAUGCUUUGAAUGGACUGGAGAAGAGCUCCCUGGAGCAGGAGGCCAAGUACAGCCAGGCACCAAAUGGUCUUCCAACGGUGAGCGGUUUUGUCUCAGCAUCAACUAUGGCGCCUUACCCUACACCAGCCCAAGUGUCCCCUUAUAUGACAUACAGUGCUGCCCCUUCUGGUUAUGUGACAGGCCAUGGUUGGCAGCAUGCUGGAAGCACUCCGCUCUCCCCUCACAACUGUGAUAUUCCUGCGUCACUGGCAUUCAAGGGCAUGCAAACAGCCCGAGAAGGUAGUCACUCUGUCACAGCCUCUGCUCUCUGAUACGAAACUCAUUCUAGAACAACUCAACCUUUUUCCUCCCCUCAAUGGCUCAGAGACUGAUCUUUUGUGUUGGUGACAUUUACAGAUUUCUCCCCAUGACUUUUCUCCCACAAAGUCUUUGGACUGAACUAGCCAAAACAACAUAAGAAACUGAUCCAUGGGUUGUUGCCCUUGCACUGUUUUAAGUAAAGAAGAUCUUACAUCCCUCAAAGGGCUCAUGGGACUUUCAUUGGUAAAACCACCCAUAUUUAUUCUAAGUCAACAAGAACUCUAUAAAUGUGCAAUUGUCGUUGAGAUUGUGUACAAAUCAAUAAAGAAAAAUCAAUAGGGAAAGAUAUGCUAUGCCUCUAAUCAACAAAAGUGGCCAAACAGAAGUUAUUUGCUGAUGAUCUGUCUCUAGAGAACAAAUCAUUUAUCGACAAGGUUAAGUGAUUCACUGUUAUUGUUAAGAUAUUGCUUUUUUUUGUUUAUCAAAUAUAGAACCAAGGCAAUAUGUGGCUCUCACAUUCUUCCUGUAUUUCAUCCUGUUACAAAAACAGUAAGGUGUUUGUAUUUCUAUCUAUUUGUAAAUAUAAGCUUUGGACAGCAUCUGUGUUUCCAUUCCACAGUACAUUUCUGCUACUUUUUUAUGUUAAAAAGUGACUUUCUAGGUCUUUUCUGUUUCUUGCUUGGUGUUGGCAAGCACCUCAGGUAACUGAGGUUGAGACAGUUCUUUUGGCAUGUUUUGUGCAUACAAUGGAGGCUUCAACAUCUUAAGAAAGACAUUUUGUUUCUUCAGCAGAGGACUCAAAGGCAAUCGACCAAAUAACUCUCCCAGGUCAUACCCAUCUUCCAGAGUCAUGACACAACCACACAUGUGCCAAGUGUACAAAACAGAAGCAGGUGGAAAAUAGCUGAACAAAACCAAGAACUGUAGAGGAAAGUGAUUUAGAAGUUUAAUGUGAAACUUGUGCAGAGACACUUAAAAGAAUCAAUUUAAGUUAACAAAACCACUGUGAAACAAAACUGUACUGUCAUUGUUGGCUUCCCUGUGUUCAGCAAUUUCAGCCCCAACAUUAUGUUAUAACUUUUUGAAAAGAAAAAGCUGUCUUAAAAUUUCUGCUUUAUUGAAUGUAAAAAUGGCUCCCGAUAAAGUUUACAUUGUUGUACAUAAACAUGUUUCACUCAUAGGUAUACUGGUGGCGGUCUGACAAAUACAAAUUUAUUUAAUGUUAAACUCCCUUUUGGCAUUUCUGUAUCUAUUGGCAAACAUUCUGUCCCAAUAAUUUUGCUUUAAAUUUUUCUACUUGACAUUAACCCCCCAAAAGCUAAUAUUCUGGUCUUUUCAAACUUACCUGUUUU